AGCCGACACCACCCCGCCGGGAGAUUUAGUUGGGUCGCGAAGUCCGAACAGCACCACCUAGCGGGCGCUAAAAAGAUGAUGAUCCCGCGGACCCGUUGGUCGGUGUUGGCCGUGUUCGCCGUGUUCGUCAAGACGGCGGUGGCAGCAGGGUGCGAGAAUUUUGAAGGGACUGCUGGCACCAACACCAACGGCGAUGUCCAAGUCUGCUGUGCUUCUGAAACAUGUCAAAGUACCUGCGAUCAAAACAACUGCUCUAUUCAUGAGGAUGGCGACAGCUGUUGCCCCGACAGCAUUGCCGAGUCGGACACGGAGUGCGGAGUCGACGGCGGUGCUGCACCAUGUAUCCUUGGGUGCGAGAAUGAUCACAAAGGGAUUACUGGCACCAACACCAACGGCGAUGUCCAAGUCUGCUGUGCUAACUCUUGUGGCAACACCUGCGAUCAAGACACCUGCUCCACUUAUGGGGAUGACGACAGCUGUUGCCCCGACAGCAUUGCCGAGUCGGACACGGAGUGCGGAGUCGACAGCGGUGCUGCCCCGUGUAUCCUUGAUGAUUCGACCGAGGGUGACGACGAUACACCAGCUCCCACACCUGCUGAGACCGAAAGCACCGAAGUCGAUUUGAGCCAGGAGGCCGACGAUGACGACUCAAAAUCCGCAGAAGCUCCAGCACCAGCUCUCGCAGAACUUGUGUCCACAUCGGAUUCAGACGGUACGUCAUCGGCGGUCAUCGCGCUUUCAGUGUUGCUGGCUGCUUUGGUGCUGGGUAACAUAGCUUGCUUCGCAUGGUGCCUCAUGCGGAGGCGUAAGGAACCCCCGACUCCGCCCCCCGCAGGCCGCCGUGAUGCCAACACCGAAGUGGAACUAGGUCGUCUUCGGAGGGACCUCGAGACUGAGCACACAAGGCGCGUCAAGGCUGAGACCCUGGUGCAUCGGGCGAAGGGCGGCGGGCUACGCUCUGGCGACUUCCCCAGCGUCCGCGACGUGUAUCAGCACGUGUAUCAGCUGGCGGACGACGCGCUCGCGUGGACCGAGAAAGCCUGCGCCGUCGGCGGGUCCCACCCUGCCUUGAACGGGACGGUACUGAGCGUCCUGUACAACACUUUCCUGGUCUGCAGGGAGGAGGUGCAGCGGUGCUUGGACGAGCGGCUCCAGAACCUGUCGGCGUUCCUGGGCAACGACGAGCCCAUCCUGCUGUCGGCGGGCGACGAGAUGAACCUGGACACGCAGUACGUGCUGUACGAGUGCCUCUGCAAGGACUACCAGAGGAUCGUGCCCGCGGACCCGGACCGGAUGGACGCGCUGGCUGGGGUCGUCCUUCAGCGCUGCGGGGAGCCUGCGGACAGGAGCCUCGCCAACGAGAUCCUAUCUGGCGCCACGUGGCCUUCCUUCGAGGCCCUCAUGAAGAACUACUUGCUGGUUUUCGUCGAGAUGGCCCUCCAGAAGCCAAGGGUGGAGUUCGAAGACAACUUGGGGGAUGCCAUGACCUUCGACUCUAUCAUUCACCGGGACUGGGCUCCAUACUCCAAAGCACCCGCCGGGCAAUCGUGUUCCAUCGUUUUCCCGGCCAUACGUCCUCAAGAGGGCCGGCCGACGUCAAACGCCAAGAUCGGAGUUGUGCGCCUCCCCGCCUAGACCUCCUUCGAAAUUGCGAUGGAGGAGGGACGGAAAAACCUGCGGGGUAGGGUCACAGCGGAGGCCAGUGGAUCGCGGUAUUUUUGCCGACUUGAGUUACAAAAGGAAUACACGUGUGCGCGCAGGUGGUCGAGGUGAUGGCCGUCCCAUGUAUACCUUUCGCGGACCAUGUACUCCGUUCCCUAUGAUGCACGCAUGUUGCACAGCGACUUCAUGUCGCACAAGGCGAUAGGUUGAGGCCCACAUAUGCAUGAUGAGUAGAAAUGUACUUGUAGAUCUCUCGUUUGGGAAAACAUACGCUAGAAAUAUUACGAAAAAUGCUGAAAUGCCGUUAAGGUUGGUGGGCGAG